AUGGCAGGAUAUAAUUAUUAUAAUUAUAAUACAGAAGUACACAGGAGAAAAGUCUUACUUGUAUAUUUGUAUAUGUUACAUAAAAAAAAAAGAAAACAAAGAUCGAAACCCAGAUGGUAUAUUAAACCCUUUUUGAAAGAGAGGCGAGUACAUGGCCAUUGUCAUUGUUUGACAAAUGAACAGCAAUUGUCAAAUUCUGCACUCUAUCAGAAUUUUAUGAGAAUGUCUUCAACUACAUUUGAAGAACUAACAUGCAUAAUAGGUAUACAAAUUAAACGUAUUCCUAGUCGACCAGAUGUAUUGUCAGUUGGAGAAAUCUUAAGUGCAACUUUAAGAUAUCUUGCAUCCGGGGAAUCGAUGACAUCUAUAAUGUUUUCUUUCCGUAUAGGACAAUCAACUGUUAGUAAUUUAAUACUACAAUGUUGUACUGUUCUGUGGGAUACUUUAAGCCCGAAAGUAUUACUUAUGCCAGACACUAAUAAAUGGGCACAAUUAGCAAAAGAAUUCGAAAACAAAUGGCAAAUGCCUAACUGUUUAGGCAGUAUUGAUGGCAAACAUAUUGUUCAUCAGGCAUUCGCAAACACUGGUUCUACGAACUUUAACUAUAAGGGAUCGCAUAGUAUCAUACUUUUGGCAAUGUGUGAUGCUAGUUACAAUUUCACUGUGGUAGAUAUUGGUGCACCAGGAAGGUGCAGUGAUGGUGGUGUUUUUUCAAGUUCAGAAAUGGGAAAAGGUUUUCUGAAUAAAACUUUAAGUUUCCCUAUUGAAAAAGAAAUAGAUAAUAAAAGUGGACCAAUCCCAUAUUAUGCAGUAGGUGAUGAAGCUUUUCCACUUUUAGAAAACCUUAUGCGGCCAUACCCAGGAAGAGGUAAAAAACGAUUACCAUUAAAUGAAUCUAUUUUCAAUUACAGGCUUUCUAGAAGCAGACGCACUAUUGAAAAUACUUUUGGUAUUAUGUCUUCUAAGUGGCGUGUUUUUAGAAAACCCAUAGUUGCUGGAGAAAAAACAGUUAUUGCAAUUACAAAAGCCGCGGUUGUACUGCAUAAUUAUAUAAAAAUGUCGGAACAAAAUGCAGGUGUUCGCUAUUAUACAGAAAUAUCUAAUAGCGAUAUGAAUAAUCAGGAAAUGGGUGCUUUGGCUUCUGUCAAUCAACUGGGUACUAAUACUUAUUCAGCUAAUGCCAAGAUAAUAAGAAACAAACUAAAAGAUUAUUUUUCAAGUGAUGGUGCUGUUGAAUUCCAAUAUGAUAAAUUGUUUUAA